AUGCGUCUCCCGGCCCCCUCUUGGACCUUCUGGUCCACGGCCCUCCUCUUCACCACCCCCACCACAGCCUUCCUCCCCCUCCGCACCCGCCAAGCCGAGGACAUCGCCGCGGCCUUCGACUGGGCCUCCAUCACGCCCACGCCCGACUUGCAGUACCAUCCCUGCUAUGACACCUUCCAGUGCGCCCGGCUGCGCGUGCCGCUGGACUGGUCCAAGGAGGCCGGCUCCAACGCCUCCUCCUUCUCGUCCUCCUCGCCGGGCCCCUACGCCGCCAUCGCCAUCGUCACCCUGCCCGCCACGGUCCCCGUCACCGACCCGGCCUAUGCCGGGCCCAUCCUGAUCAACCCCGGCGGGCCGGCCGGCUCGGGCACCGACAUGGCCCUGGGCCUGGCCACCGUCAUGCAAGGGCUGGUCGACGUCCCCGGCGUGCGCCACUACGACCUGCUCGGCUUCGACCCCCGCGGCGUCAGGCUCAGCACCCCGAGCGGCUCGUGCUAUGCCAGCCAGUUUAACCGGGCUAUGGAUGCGGUCGCGCUGCGCGGGAUGCCGACCGCGCUGAGCGAGCAGGGCUUGCAGAUGCGGUUUGGUAUGAACCGGGCUGUGGGCGAGUUGUGUGAUGGGGACGUGUUUCGGCAUCUGUCGACUGCGUCCGUGGCGAGGGAUAUGCUGGAGAUUGUGGACCGGAGUCAUGAGCUGGUCGUGAAGGCUAAGGGUGCUGCCGGUUCGAAUUCGACCGCGAGCGCUUGUGGAGGGAACGGGGAGAAGCCGAGGCUGCAGUACAUGGGCUUUUCGUAUGGGACUUUCUUGGGGAACACGUUUGCUUCCAUGUUUCCGGGGAGGGUUGGCAGAAUGCUGGUGGAUGGGGUUGUUGAUGGCGCGGACUACACGGCGGGGACCUGGGAGAAGAACAUCGGGGACGCCGACGCUUCGGUCGACAUCUUUUACCGCACCUGCUUUGAUUCCGAGGCCUCCUGCCCGCUCCGCCAGAGCAGCGAUACUAGCUUCACCGAUAUCCGCACCCGCGUCGACGCCCUCCUUAGUAGCCUCCGGGAAGCCCCUGUCAUGACUGUCUACAACGACCGUGUCUACACCAUGACCUCCUACCUCCUAGGCGAAAAGAUCCGUACCUCCCUCUACGCGCCUAUCCAGAACUACGAGCCCCUCGCCAUCUCCCUCGCCGAAGCUCUCGUAGGCAACUUCAGCUCGAUCCUUGCCGACCAGGUUGUCAUGGGCUUCGACCUCCCCUCCAGCGUCUGCACCGAAAGCUCCGCCAGCGACCCCGCCGACCCGCCGCAGGAGUACAACUUCGCCAGCGAGGUCUCGAGAGGCAUCAUCUGCGGCGACUCGCAAGCCUCCGCCGGCGAGCGCGACCUCGCCUGGGCUGCCGACACCGUCGCCCGCAUCACCAACCAGUCUUCCACCAUCGGCGAGGCCUGGACCAACAUCCCGCUCGCGUGCGCCGACUGGCCGUUCACACCGCCGUACGCCUUCGCCGGACCGUUCGGUAGCAAGGCGCCCGAUAACAGCAGCAACACCCCCGCUGCGCCGCUGCUGAUCUUGUCCACCAAGACGGACCACGCCACGCCGCUGGAGAACGCCUACUCGCUAUCGCGGCUGCAUGAGGGCUCGUCGGUCGCCAUGGUUGAUGCGGUGGGCCAUUGUGCGCUGCUGGCUACCACGAGCUCGUGCAUCUAUGGUAUUGUGCAGGAGUACUUCCACACGGGUAAAGUGCCUGUGAACGGGACGGUUUGCGAGGCCGAGUGUGUGCCGGAGAUUCCGUUCAAGGCUUGCCCUGGGUUACCGUAA